AGUACCUCUCCCAGUGGCUGUUGUACCGCGAAGGAGGAAACAAACAAAGGCUCGCGGAGGCCGCACGCGCACAGACGCGGAGCGCCGCUGAAGGAGGGAAUUUAUUUCAUGGCAGCAAUUGGAAGUGAAGCGAGUUGAUCGGACGCGUCGCAGCAGCUCCGCGAUUCGUGCGAAUUACCGACAUCGUUCGUGUCUUUACUGUCCGUGUCCCCCGUGGCGUGUCUGUGAUCGCGCGAGGAAGCGCGUCCGUCCCGCCUCGCGGCUCCAUUGUGUCUCCGCUCGGAUCUGCGGGUUUCCUUCGUUGACCGAGUGGGGACCGAGUGGGGACCGAGUGGGGAUCGAGCGCGCGGCGGAACAGCGAACGAGGCUUUUAAACUCCUUUUACGCUUUUACCCGUGUUUUAUACUUUUAUUUACACCGUCCCGUCCGCGGUACUUCCGAGCGAAGAAUGGAGCGCUGCAGGAUUCUGCCUCGGAGUGAUGCUGGGGGUCCCUUGUCUCCGUGUUGCAGUUUGAGUCAGCAGUGAAGUGGAAAGGGUUCAGCAGGUCCCGGAGCAUCCUCCAGCACGCCGUGGAAACGCUGCAGAGGAUCCACUGGAAACUGCCGGAAGUGCGGCUCAGGGGGACAUGGGGCUCUGGUGUGAAAAUGAAGAGCCCCUUCUAACCUUUGACUCUUAGCAUGUGUAGAGGAGGAAGGACCAGAACUGAUCUUGAGUUAUUAAACCCUGAUAAGUCACCAAACAGCUGUCCCUUCUGGAACCUUCUCUCCUUUCUCAGCCUUCUGUUUUUGCUAGAAUGGAGAAUAGAGACAGACCCCCUGUGGGGCAGAAACUGCUAGCUGAGGGUUUGAAGUGCCCUUCGCCUACUGUUCGGGGAGAUAUUCCAAAUAAUGCUGGAAAAGUGAAGAACAUUGUGGAGAAGUUCAGCCAGAAAGAUUCUCUUGGGGCUAUCAAGGCCCACAAAAGACCCAAGAGAGCCCCCACUGUGAAACCCAAACCAGCUCUAACUCCCCCGGUGAAUGCUGGCCAGGCCCCACCACUACCUGCGAGGAGAAGUCGCCUCUCUAAACAGAAUGCCAGAGGAGAUGAGACGACUGAGCCGCCAGAAGGAGUAAAGGUCACAGGGGCUCCUGCGGAACAGGACAGAGGACGAGCAGCCCCAGAUGGAAAGGCCGUGGAGGAGCUGGUUGCUGUCACAGUAGCCGAGGAAGCGAAGAGAGAGCCAGGCAUCCCCGUGAGGGUGUCCUGUGAAAAGGACUGCAGCUGCAUCUGUCACCUGAAGCGGCCCGGCAUGAAACUCGUCUGGGUGCCGAAGGCAGAAGCGGAGAAUGAGGAAGACAAUGAGGAAAAUGACGGACAGGAUUUUGAGGUCCAAAAUGCGGACGAGAGUGGAGAGGAGGCGGAAGAAAGCAGUGGAGGAGACGAUAAGGGAGCAGAAGACAGGAGCGAGUCUUCAGGAGGGGAGGAGGGGCCCCCUGAGGGACAGCUCGUGGACAAAUCGAGGUUCCACCACGUUCUGCAAUAUGCCAUCAAGAAGAGAACCUCAAACAUCUCUAACGUGGCUGACACAAAGUAUGAUCCCACUGAUAGCUUUGCACAGCCAGCCUCAAGCGGCAGCCCUUCGCCGGAGGAGGACGAGCCCAUCUACGAUGAUGUCCUAGAGGUCGCACAGCAGCCAGUCCUACAAUUGACCCACAGGACAGGGAACAAGAUGGCUGUUGGUGCUGAGCAGCUGAAGAUGGCUCACCUGCCUGAGUUGGCCUCCUCAGCCUCAGGCACGACCGGUGAGUGUCAGGUGGCUCCACACUCCUCCCAAACUCCUGGGGCAGAAGAGAUGGUCCCUCCGACCAUUCCUCCUCGGGUCCCCAUCAACCAGGACAAAGUAAAAAGCGGCCACCCUGUCCCCAUGCCCCUCGGCAUCCCUCUGCCCCAGCCCACCCUAGAGGAGUGGCGUGCUUUUCGAUCAUCUUCCCCUGGGCCACAGCUCAGCAUACCACCUCCAAGACCACCCCCCCGGCCAGCCAGCCCCCUCAUACCCCAACCCAGAGGAAUGGAUCCACCCGCCAGAUCGAGCCCAGAUGGCAGCAGCCUGAACUCCCAGUCUGCCUCGUCAGUCCUACGCCUCAAAGAUCAGGACAGUGAAGCUGGAAGUGAUGAAGUGGACACGGUUGGGGAGCUCCCAUCACCAGCCCCCCACUGCAAGAAGUCCAGAGAUUGGAAGUCUCAGCUCCAGGAUGAGCCUCUCUACCAGACAUACCGUGCCACCGUCAUCACCAAGGAGAUCCGGCGGCAGACAGUCUGCCGCAACAUCAGCAAGACAAGCACAGACUACAGCAUGGACUGGGGGCCUCGCAAGGUGAUCGCAGGCGGGGCCAAGGGAGGCUCCCUCAAGAGCACCCUGUGGCAGGACCUGCCAGAGGUCAGGGAGAGCGGCAUCCUGGAGAGACUGAGCCCUGCGGAGUGCAGUCACCAGGAGAGCAUGUUUGAAGUUCUGACAUCAGAGACCUCGUACCUGCGCUCCCUCCACGUGCUCACCGACCACUUCAUGGACUCGCGUGAGCUCAGUGACACACUUAUCAUCCUGGACAAGAAGAGGCUCUUCUCCAAUAUCCUGCGGGUCCGGGAGGUCAGCGAGAGGUUUUUGAUGGACCUGGAGAAACACGUGGACCAGAAUGUGGUGAUCUCGGACAUAUGCGACAUCAUCCAUUAUCACGCUCAGCAUCACUUCCCUGCCUAUAUUGACUAUGUCCGCAACCAGGUCUACCAGGAGAAGACCUACACCAGGCUCAUGCAGGAGAACCCGCAGUUUGCAGCCGUCAUCACCCGGCUACAGGAGUCACCCCAAUGUCAGCGCCUGCCCUUCAUGUCCUUCCUGUUGCUGCCCUUCCAGCGUAUCACUAGGAUCAAAAUGCUCAUAGAGAAUAUCCUGAAGAGGACUAAGGAAGGAACCAAAGAGGAUAUGACGGCCUCCAAAGCAUUAGGAUCUGUGGCCAAGAUUAUAGAUGACUGCAAUACAGAGGUGGGCAAGAUGAAGCAAAUGGAGGAGCUCAUACAUAUUACCAACACAUUGGACUUUGAGAAGCUCAAAGCCAUACCAAUCAUCUCCCAAAACCGCUUCCUGGAGAAGCGGGGAGAGCUUCAGGAGAUGGCCAAAGGAGGCACCCUCUUCAACCUACGGCCCAAGUUUACCCCCAUCUUUCUGUUCCUCUUCAAUGACCUCCUCAUCCUUGCUAGUAAGAAGAGCUUGGAGCGCUAUGUCGUGAUUGACCACGCCCACCGCUCACUGGUUCAGGUGCAGCCAGUGUCCGAGCAAUCUAACAACCCAACACUGGAGCACUGCUUCUGCUUGACGCUGCUCGAGAACCACCAGGGACGCAUGAUUGAGCGUCUUCUGAAAGCCCCCACCCAGUCUGACAUGGACAGGUGGAUUGCAGCCUUCCCACACCCAGAUCACCUAGAGAAGGAGACUAAUGAGGUGGUUUAUGAGGACUGGGACUGCCCCCAGGUGCACUGCGUAGAGCAGUAUGUCGCUGAACAGGCCGACGAGCUCAGUCUAGAACCGCUGGAUAUCAUCAACAUCCUGCGCAAAACCAAUGAAGGCUGGUAUGAGGGCAUACGGCUUUCAGAUGGACAGAAAGGCUGGUUCCCAGUGAGGUACGUACAGGAGAUCACCAAUGAACACGUCCGCCGACGGAACCUUCGUGAGCGCUAUAGAGUCAUACAGGCAGCACAUGCUGCCACAAAAAGCUGGACAAGCUCAUGAAGGUGAAAAUCUCAUCAGUCUUCACCUGAACCAAGGGUCUGCUGAGAGUGCUCCAAUACACGACACAGAUUCUUCGUACUGUCACUGGGACGCAUUCCAAGGAACACUCAUGCACCACACCAAGGCACUGUAUCGGCAAUGCAGUGGUGGAUCAUGGCCAGUGGGGAAAUUGGAAUCCUGCUGGUGCUCUGAAGCACUGCUGAUCAGAAGGACAAAAAAAGUGUAACCUGAACCCAGACCUGGUCAGACUCCCAGCUAGACAGUCCUCAGGCAGAUAUUAUGUAACAUAAAAGCACCAAGGUACACAUGGAUGUCUAUGCUACUGUUUGGGAGAAAUACCAUCCAUGGACCUGUAUAUAUGAUGUGGUGUA